AUGCCCUUCACAGGGAUUCCGACGACUGUUCAAAUAAGACCCAAUCGUGACCUACUUAAUCCUACAUUUGAAGGUUACAAACUUAAGCUUUUGAAUGAAGACGAAUGCAUAAUACGAACAGAUCUUCCUGCGCCAGGAAUCAGCAUUCAGAUGGUACCUUCUGGUACCCAACUAUCAUAUAAAGAAGUACAGAGUCGUGUGCUGUAUAACCACCUGUUUAGCGGAUAUAAUUUGGACGAAGGAAAAGGCGCGGCAUUCUACUUUGAUUCUGACCUACGGCUUGUGCUUGUGGAAUACAACUCGGUAAAAUCCAACACUGUCACGACGCAUAAUUUGACUGAAAUAUCCAAAUCGGUGUCAGAUACGUCAAACAAAGAAUAUCCCUCGCUACGUGCAUUAUCUCCAACGCUUGUACUAGUAUCAGAUGGAUCGGGUGGAAUUUACCUCGUCAAACUAAUUGAGAACUCUGAUUUUCCUGGAUAUCGCGGUGAAAUUAUCUGUGCAACUGCAUUCUACGGUCACGUUUUAGACGAUAAUGGAUAUGAGUUUGUUUCUGAUUUAAAACCGACACCCUGUGUCUUAUUGGACGCCAAGAUCAUAGGAGAAGGCGAGAAUGCGUAUAUAUUGUAUAUGGUAUAUAAUACAGCAUUUCGUUCUAAUCCCACUUCAGAAGAUAUACAGCGAGGGGCAAUCCAAACGUUGUUUGAUGUUUCUUUAGUCGAGUUGGCCGUGAAACCCCCGUAUCGGUCACAAAUCGUCAACGCCCUUCGUGGACCUGACAUACCCCUUUAUUGUUCAAUCGAUUCGCAUGGAGAUGGAUAUGUAAUUGGUAGUACCAUUGGGUAUGAAGUCCUUAGACCGACUGAAACUAGACAACAGGGUGAAUUGGAUAAACAGAAAAGAAAUCAGUCACAGUCAUCAAGUGCUGGUGAACAGAAACCACCACCAUACGUUUGGCAACAGACAUCAUCGGACGUCACGGUAUGUUUCCAAUUACCCCAUGGAACGCCUGGGGCGGCCAUUAACUAUCAUUUCACGAGAACACAUUUAUCUUUGACUGUCAAUCUUUCCAACAAUCCGCCAGCUCCAAGCUCUACUACAGAAACAUCUAUACCACAAUAUGUUUUCACUCCUUUCUUUGACUUUAUGGAGCCGGAAUCCUCUCUCUGGACGAUAGAAACAAAAAUAGGGUUGCUUACCUUGCACAUUGAAAAAAAACAUCACGGUACGCGAUGGACGCAUGUAUUCCAACACGAUGAUGGAGUCUUAGAGACACUAGACCCAAAUGAAUUCGCCGAAUUUCGUGAACGGUUGGAAAGAUAUACUACCGGAAUGUUGGAUGACGGUGGUCCAGAAUCGUUCAAUCCUCUUCAGCAUCCGAUUGGACACGAAAUAGAGGAAUCGAUCGAUUACGAAGGACAAUCCGUUAUUUUUGCUUGGGUUGAUAGGGAAGGAGUAGUUGGUGCGAAAACUAUUGGAAGCGAUCAUGAAUUUUUGUGUCGCCAAUUUGAACAUUGGCAAAAGAAAGAUCAGACCGGACUACCUUCCGUAUGCUUGAAGCACGAUGUGGAUGGACUUGUAUAUGCUAUUUCUCAUAAUGCCGACAAUCGUUCAUCAACAUCAACAAGCUCCUCACCCUUGGCUAUCGAUCAUGUUGCGACGUUCAAUGCAUUUGGCUUUGUUCAGGCAUCCAAGCGCGAAAAGAGGUGUAUGUAUCACGAUCCCAACCACCGCUUUGUCGUCAUUCUCGAGGGCAGUCGGCAUGCAUUUAUUUAUCAGAGCCAUGGGCCCAAAAAUAUUCACGACCAGCAACUUAUUGUUGACGUCGCCGGAAGGGCGAGUAAUGCUGAUAUUAUCGGUAUUCAAAUGGUUGGUGAUGGAAUAAUUCUGGUUCUCACUUCAAAGCACCUUGUGCUUAUUAACUUGAGUCAAGAAUGA